UGCAAUCACCAUAUCAGCCUUUACAUGACGCUGCUGCAGAGAGGUGCUCGUCAGACCAGUUUUCAGAGGCAGAGUUUGGCUAAAAGUAUUUGGGGACGUCCUCAUAGCCAGAAGUUAAAAGUGAGGGAGCUGCAUUUUUUCGUUUUGAAAAAGGUGUCACAGGCAAUUUGUUUUAUGUGACGGGUGGUUUAACAGAAAUGUAGGAUUGAGGUGGACACACAUCUGGAGCUGAACAGAAGAGUGAAUGUGUUUGAUCUCGUCACUGGAGGAAUAACACAGCUCAGCCCAGUCUGAAGCUGUGAGGUCUCAGCAUCUGGACCAUGUUCUCCUCUGCUGUCCCGUACAAAAACCAGCACUACGCUGAGUUGAAGAAUAACUGUAUCAAGGACAAGACGCUGUUUGAGGAUCCAGAAUUUCCAGCCACCAAUGAAUCUCUGUAUUACCGGAAACCGCCUCCUGGUAUUGUGCAGUGGAAACGACCAGGGGAGAUAUCCAAAAAUCCCCACCUGUUUGUGGAGGGCAUCAGCUCCCACGACCUGAACCAGGGUGUUGUGGGGAACUGCUGGUUCGUUGCUGCCUGCUCCUGUCUGGCCCUAAAGCCAGAACUCUGGAAGAAGGUGAUCCCUGACUGGAAGGAGCAGGAGUGGGAUCCCAAUCAUCCGGAGAGCUAUGCAGGAAUCUUCCACUUUCAGUUCUGGGUGUUUGGAGAGUGGCUGGAUGUGGUGGUGGACGAUCGGCUGCCGACGAUUGGUGGAGAACUCAUCUACUGUCAUUCAAAAACCAACAAUGAAUUCUGGAGCGCUCUCCUGGAGAAGGCCUACGCCAAGCUUGCAAGCUGCUAUGAGUCUUUAGAGGGGGGAAACACUGGAGAAGCUGUGGUGGAUUUUAGUGGCGCUGUGGCUGAAGCCAUCAGCCUGGAGGAGGAUGCCUACUACAAAGACCAGGAAAAACAAGACAAGCUGUUUGAGGACCUACUGAAGGUCUACAACCGUGGAGGAAUCAUAAGCUGCUCCAUUAAGGCAGAUCCUCAUGAAAUCGAGCUCAGGAUGGCAAAUGGGCUGGUGAAAGGACAUGCGUACGCCGUUACUGCAGUGAAUAAGGUGCGUCUGGGUCACGGGCUACUGGCGUACUUCAAGAACGAAACCAUCUCCCUGAUCCGCAUGAGGAACCCCUGGGGCAAGACUGAGUGGAAAGGAACCUGGAGUGACAGCUCUGAGGAAUGGUCAAAGGUUGGGGAUACCGAGAGGGGCAACCUCGGCAUCACGGUGGAGGAUGAUGGAGAGUUCUGGAUGUCUUUCACAGACUGGUGCAAGUUCUUCACAGAUGCAGAUGUUUGCCGUAUCAUCAACACUUCGCUGAUUAGCGUCCAUAAGACAUGGCAUGAGGUUGUGCACUUUGGGAGCUGGACCAAAAACGCAGAUCCUCUAUUGAACCGCUGUGGCGGCUGCGCCAACCACAAGCAGACAUUCCUGCAAAAUCCACAGUAUUUGUUUGACGUGACAAAGGAGGUCGAUGAAGUUCUAAUCUCCUUGCAACAGAAAGACUUGAAGAUGCACAGACGACAUGGUCAAGGAGAAAAUAUAACUGUCGGCUUUGGUAUCUUUAGGGUGGAGCUGAACAGGAAGUAUCGGAUGCAUGACAUCUUGACUCAGCAGUGCGUGGGGACCUCCGCCUACAUCAAUGCCCGGACAGUGUUUCUGAGAUGCAUGCUGCCGCAGGGCCGCUACAUCAUCUUCCCCACCACCUUCAGGCCUCAGACGCUGGGGGAUUACAUGAUCCGAGUUUUUACUGACGUGGACUCGGGCUGCAGGGAGCUGACAGAGGAUAAACCCAAAGUACGAUGCUGGAGCUCAUUUCUGGGCUACCCGCAGGUCGUCACUCACGUCUACGUCCACGGAGCUGAGGGGCUGCAGGACCAGGAUAACCCAGGAGGUGCAGACCCGUAUGUGAUCAUAUCCUGUGAGGGCCGCUCGGUGCGCUCCACCACCAAGAAGGACACUUUGCAACCAGAAUUCAAGACCAGCGCCAUUUUCUACAGGAAGAAGCCCAGGAAGCCUAUAACUGUGCAGUCCUCCUCAGGUGUGGAACAGCAACGCGUUGGCGGACGAGUUCAUGGGCCAAGUUGUGCUGUCCGGCUCGGUGAAGGACACCACCGAACCCCAGAGGCUCCAGCUGAGGAAGCGAGGCCGGCAGAUGGCUGACGAGAUGCCCGGCACCAUCGGCGUGAGGAUUGGUACUUCCACUCAGCUGACCGCCAUGUGACCUUGGCCAUCAGUGACUUUAAAGAGAUCCGACUCAUUGCUGAGUCACUGAACUAUAUGUGGAAGACAGAAGCACCAAAACCAGCAGCUUUGUUUUCCACCACUGUAAAACAUGUGAUCACAUUGAGCAGUUUUACAUUAUUACACUAUUGGACAGACUGAAUGUCACUUCCUGUUAGUUUUUAUACAAACUGUUUGCCUUUUUAAUUUCUCUCAUGACUUUUCAUUUUUAUAUUGACAUUUAUCAAGUUGCUUAUGAAGACACCAUCCCUCUAUUCUUACACUACACAUACUGUGAUUAAUAUGGUCUUCACCAUAUGAUUAUCAUAUUUAUGGCCUGUAUUCAUCAUAACGUGGAGAAAGUUACUUAAAAGCAUGUACAACUGUUCUCAUUCAUGUAUCCUCAUGUAUCAGUUCACCUCAUGAUCAUUAACGAAAAAAUAAACCUCAGCUUCAUCACAAGCAUCGUCACAAAAA